UUCUUUGGUUGUUUUACUCUCGCCAAGGUCUCUCAAGCCAAGGUAGAUUUUAUUUUAUAACCAGAAACACGCUAUAGUAGAAGAUGGUCAAAUCAACAAGCGUGACACGACUGGAUGGUCUGCCAUUGGCGGCAAGUGUGGAUGAUGAAUCAACAGAAAGGAAACUAGAGAGCCAUAAAAAACAGGCGAAAUUAAUUCUUAAGAGAUUAACACCUUCAUCCGAAAGACAAGCUUCCAUUGAAGCUGGUGACUAUUCAUUUCACUAUGUUAUCGACCAUGGAAUUUCGUAUCUUUGCAUUUGUGACCGCUCCUAUCCUCGGAAGCUUGCAUUUUCUUAUUUAGAAGAACUAGCAGUUGAAUUUUGGGGCACAUACGGCGAAGAAGCCUUACAGCCAGGCUUGCGCCCCUUUGCGUUCGUACAGUUUGAUAUUUUCAUGCAGAAAUCCAAGCGUGUUUAUAAUACACCUCGUGCAAAUGACAACUUGGACAAGCUAAAUACAGAAUUAAAGGAUGUUACGAGAGUCAUGACAAAAAAUAUUGAAGACUUACUCUAUCGAGGCGAUUCCUUGGAAAAAAUGAGCGACUUAAGUUCUGAUUUACGGUUUUCAAGCGCUAAAUACAAAAAGGCUGCUCGCCGUGUCAACUUGGAAGCUUUAUGGAAGCAAUAUGGACCUGUUUCCAUCAUUGUUUUCUUGUUUGUUGUCUUAAUUUAUUGGCGUUUUUUCACUUGAUGAUUUUCAAUGAGCUUUUCCCAAAUCCUUGAUUUGUUACGGGUUCUUGAACAAAGAAGGUAAUUUAAGAAAUGAUAUUGAUAGAAUGCUUUCAAAUUUAAAGGACUCAAUGUAUAAUGUAUUCAGGCAUGCAUGUUCAGAUAUACCCGGAAUUUGAAAUUAUCAAUUUCAAAACUACAAGCCUUUCUCAGAUCCAGAUAAUGUUUGUAUUAUUUUUAGAUUUGCUUAAUGAUGGUCUUAGAAUAAAGAUCAACUUCUUUUCAUUUUAAUGCUACUAGUUUGACUUUUAUCGAAGAGCUAC